AAUGGGUGUGGCUCAACACCAACAAAACAAAAUAAUUUAUGACAAAAUGAACUUCACCACUCUGUCUUCAUGGAGUUUGAGCCCCAACUCUUCACUGAUCCCGCCUCUGGCUCUGUUUUAUCUGGUUCCUCCACACGUCUCAUCUUUCCAGACACUAGACAAGGCCCCUGAUUACGUAACAGAUGUAACUCCAUACUUCUUCAUCUUGAUAUUACUGGAGAUGAUAACUCGCUGGGUACAAGGGCUCCCUAGGUUACAUUUAAAUGACUCCAUAGGCUCUCUCUCAGCUGGAAUGUUCAUGCUAAUGCUUAACUUGGUUCUAUUUCAGAGCAUUGAGCUAGUCGGAUAUGUAUGGGUCUACAACAAUUACAGGCUGUUCUCUUUGCCGUGGGACUCCCCUCUUACGUGGUGGAUCGCUCUACUUGGAGUGGACCUGGCGUAUUAUUGGUUUCACAGAAUGGCACAUGAAGUUAAUCUGUUCUGGUCUGCCCAUCAAGCUCACCACAGUUCUGAAGAGUAUAACCUCACCACAGCACUGAGGCAGUCCUCCUUCCAGAGGUUUGGAUCAGCAUGGUUUUAUCUUCCACUGGCGCUUUUCAUGCCUCCUACACAUUACCUUGUACACAAAGAGUUCAAUCUCCUUUAUCAGUUCUGGAUUCACACUGAGUGCAUAGGGACAUUAGGACCAUUAGAGUAUGUAUUGAACACUCCUUCUCAUCACAGGGUCCAUCAUGGUAGGAAUAGGUACUGUAUUGAUAAGAACUAUGCUGGUGUCCUGAUAAUAUGGGAUAGGAUGUUUGGCACAUUUGAGAAAGAGAGAGACACAAAGAUUCACUACGGUCUGGUGCACAAUCUGAAGAGCUUUAACCCAGUCUGGGUACAGGUCCACCAUUAUGUGUAUUUGGUGAAGAAACUAUUCUCAGCCAAGAGUUUCUCAGAGUGUGUUCAUAUACUGUUCAAAGGGCCAGGCUGGUCUCCUGGAAAACCAAGACUUGGUGAGCCACAUGAGAUCCCUGAGAUACCUCAUGAUACUACCAAGUACAAUCCCCCUGUCCCUCUCUGGGUAACUGUCUAUCAUUUCUAUAACUUUGCUGUCCUUCUUGUUGCCAGCUAUUUACUUGGAUUGAUAAAAUCAGAAUUACCAUAUGUUGUUGCUUUGUGUGCUGUGCUGUAUUUCUUGUAUUCCUUGACAUGUAUUGGCUUGAUUCAUGAUCACCAUCCUCUAGGGCCAUUUUGUGAGAUAAUGAAGUUAUUGAUAUUAAUAUCUUGUGAUGCCUAUUUUGGUUUUUAUUUAUCAGAGUCUCUACUGAUUCAAGGGAUGAGAGUGUUUGCUAUGUUCUCUCUCAUUGUCUGGCUUAGAGUUCUGUUCAAACAAGUAAAGGGUAAAAGGGACUGAUGGACUUGCUAUAUGUGUGCAUUUUAUACUACCAUAUUGUUGUUUUUAUUAUUAUUAGUAGUAGUAGUAUUGAGAUUUUAUUGUGUAAUUUCUAUUUCCUUGUGUUGUGAAAUGUUUUCGAGUUUGCCUUCAACU